UGCUUGGAUCAAAUCACUAAAUCGCUUGUAAAUUUUUGUGUGGUUUCGCGUGUCGUACUUGCGGUUAGGUUUUCUUUGUCGCGUCUGCUUGGCUAAAUUAGUGUUUGUCUAGUGUAUUUGUCAGUUAUUAUUGUGGAUCUCCUCAUUGCCAUUUUUUUUGACAAUCAAGUAUAUAUAUUGACUGAUAACCAUUAGCAUUUUGUUUGACGUUUCUUCCCUUUGUGCCAAUAUCGUACUAUAUAUUUGUAUGAUAGACUAAUCAAGAUAUAUGAAAGUAUGUUUCAGUGAUAUACUGUACUAAUUGUGACCUGUAAAUUAAUGUAACAAAAUGCCAGAAAUCGAGAAUUUUCAGUAUAUACGAUCAUUUAUUUCUGCUGCAUCAGAGUAUGCAAAACAUCCUAAUGAGACCUCAGCUUCGAUGAUACAAAGAAACCUUGAUGCUGUAAGUGCAUCAUUAGAUUAUAAUAUUUUUGAUCCUGGUUCGAGUGUGUCUGCACUGUUUUAUGUAAGUCUAUAUGAGAUGAUGAAUACUAUGGGAUCAAGAUCAACUUUGAUAUGGAAUGCUGUAGAUGUUUUGCAAACUGCCUGUAAAAAUUCAGCAGCUAGACAUGCUCUUAUUCAUACUUAUAAAUUUGCACCACUUUUAACAAGACUGUUAGAGGCUAAUUUGACAUCAGAAAAACGAAUAAGAGCUCUAAAGUUAUUACAACAAUUAACUUAUGGCAUUAAAAUUUCGUGGCAAGAAGCACACUUACCAUAUUUGAUAAAAACUUUAUCUCAAUGGGUAAUUCAAUCUACUGAGGAAGAAGUAAUUAUGCUAUCUCUAAGUGUCUUGGUAAACUUAUGUUAUAAAAAUUUACCAGCAGUUUAUGUGUUGAUGCGAAGUGUAAAUACUAAAACAUUUUUGCAAAGUGUAGUUAAAACAAGUGGUCAAAAUAUUAAUAUAAGAGUACAGUGCUGCAAGUUAUUAAUUAUUUUAGAACAUGCAAACAGUGAUAUAUUAGAUUCAUAUAUCUUAGAUGUCGCAACAGUGACUUUUACAAAUAUUAUUCCUACUUUAAAAAAUCAAGAUCCUCUUUUAUUGAGGCACAUUGUUGAUUUUUUUGAUGAUAUAAGGCAAAAUGAACGUUUUAGAUCAGUUUUAUUAGAAUAUCCCAAUUAUUUCAAAGAUGUGGAAAAUAUUUUGGAAACUCUCAAGGAUAAAUCUGACCAAGAAUGUUCUAAUCUUAUAAUGGAAUUUCUACUUUCUUUAAUGAAGUUGAAAGCAACAGAUUUAGUUCAGUUAUAUCCAUCAAUUGUGAAAGUUGCUGUGUCACGUGUGCCUAUAAACAAUGUUUGUACUAAUGCAUUGGCCUUAAUUAGAAAUAUUGUGGUGGACUCUCGAAGAACCAAAAAUAAUUUGGAAGUACUAGAGGAACUAGAUUUAUCAGUAUUGACACUUCUAAUCAAAGAGGAUGAUGACAUGGAUGGAAAUCACGAAACAAACACAAUUGAAAAUGAAAAAAAUUUGACAGAACUAAUGCAACUCUUUCAAGAGUUAGUUAAGACACCUGCAAUAAGAACCAAAGUAUUAGAAGUAUUGACAGUUCCAAAAAUGCAAGGUUUGUUAAGAACUAUUCUGGAUUCAAGCAAUGAUUCAAGACUUUUGGAAAAACCAAGAAAUCUGUUUCAUGAUCCAUCGACAGAUUUUUACAUUCAUGCAUUAGCUCUUGUAGCAGAUUUGGCAACUAAUAAUACUCAGUGGCUUACAUUGUAUACAGAAAUAUUAAAGAAGAAAAAAAUGCAGAUUGUUAUGGCUACAGCUUUAUUUACUGGAGACAGCGAUGUCAAGCAAAAAGUUUUACAAUUGACAUCUACAGUGGGAUAUCCACAAGAAUGUAUAUCCGCUGUUGCAAAAUGUAUGGCAGAACUAGAGCCAUUGAUUUUAGUUCAACAGAAAACAACUAUAACAAAAGUACCAGAAACUUUGGUGCAUGGCCAUGCUUAUGAUUCAAUUCCACUAUUUUCAAUGGCUCAAGAAGGAAGACUUGAUACAUUUAUAGCAAAGCUUGAACAUGCAUUUGAAACUGAUAAAGUAUCAGAUAUAACAACAUCUGCUGUAAUGGAACUAUAUGAGUAUAAAAUGGCAACAAUGAGACAUGCAGAAAGAGCUAUGCAAGUUAGUUUAGAAGCAGCUACCAAUCAUGCCACAAGUCUUCAGCAUAGAUUAGCCCAGUUGAUGGCUCAGUCAGGUCAAUUACAUCAAGUUUUAUUCAAUACACAACAAUGUUUGGAAGGAUCUCAGGCAGAAAAAAUUGCAUUAAAAAAGAAAAUUCAAGAAAUAGAAGACAAGACUAAGCACACACAUUCAACACAAGCACAGGAAAUCACUGGAUUGAAAAAAAUUGUUAAUGAAAAGGAACAUCAAAUUUAUAUUUAUAACACGCGUCUGAAAGAUUUGGAAAAACAAACUGAAGAAAUUCCCAUAUUAAUCGAUAGAGUGAAAGAACUGAUAUCUCAAAAUGAACAGCUAAGCGCAAAACUAAAAGAAGUAACGACUGAAAAGCAAGAAAUCAGUAAAUUACUUCAAAAAUUACAAGAAUCUAUGAAUAAAAAAGAUCAGAUUAUCGAAGAAAAGAAUCGAGAAAUUACGUCAAAUAAUCAAGAUAUAGCUGCAUUAGAUCAAGAACUAAAACAGCAAGCUCAGCAGUGUCAUAUGUACCAAAAGACAAUUGCUGAGAAAGAAGCAAUGGUCCAAAAAUUGCAAAAUGAUCUGCAUGAUUUGAGUCGUAUGCGUGAUAUGAUUUUUGAGUUAACAGCAAAGAAAAAGGACGAUUUAAGCGCUUAAAUAAUG